GAACAUUCAUUAAGUGUAAUGGCAACAUCCCUGUAGUUAUUGUGCCAUGGGGAACAUGGAACAUUAGAAGCCAACUAACCUAACCUUGAGUUAGUUACUUGGCGUUCUUGCAUUUGUACGUAUGUAAUCUACGUACAUUGUACAUACAUAGUCCAGUCAUGCUCUUCACAUGAUGUUUUACAUCUUGACAUCUUAGAAAUCCACUUUCAUACUCCCAUCCCAUGAUCCACGAUAUCCGUUAAUGACCUCUUCAACUUUGGGAUUCAUUAGUUGUAAUACACCCUAAGUAAUUUCGGGUUUAUUGCUUCAACCAUAUCGAUCGUCAUGAUUCAGUGAAUACUUCCAUCGGUAGUCACUCAGCUACCUAUCGCUUACCGUAAAGUCCCUCCUUAAGAUUACAGCCCUCCGUUCGAGAGAAUACCGAAUGUAAACCGCAGCAAUAUCAUACCAACUGCAGCCACGGACACUCCUACAAACGCCAUCAUGGACCGGGUCCGUUCGUUGUUCCAGGCAAGGAAGAAUAAUGAAGAAUACCAACCUUUAAACGAGGAUUCGGAAUCUAUUGAAGAGCCGUUGGAACAUUCGGGCCAGGAUGGGGUACCCUUCUCAUGGAUCGAGUAUAGCCUCUUCGCCUUGCUCGGCGUUGCGAUGCUAUGGGCCUGGAAUAUGUUCCUUGCGGCGGCGCCCUACUUCCAGCUUCGAUUUGAAGAUAACGACUGGAUUCUAGACAACUUCCAAUCCGCCAUCAUAUCAAUAUCAACACUUGGGAAUUUAGGGACUAUGAUCAUCUUGACGAAUGUUCAAUCUACGGCCUCUUAUCCGUUCCGAAUUAAUCUUGCUCUAUAUAUAAACGUCGUCAUCUUUGCGUUGCUAACUGCUUCGACUGUUCUGUUUCCCGGCGUGUCGCCUUCGGCAUACCUAGUAUUCUUGUUGAUUAUGGUGGGAUUCACAGCAUGUGCAUCUGGGCUGAUACAAAAUGGGGUGUUCGCGUUCGCAUCGAGUUUCGGGAGACCUGAAUAUAUGCAGGCGAUUAUGGCAGGGCAAGGCGUAGCAGGCGUUCUUCCUGCGCUCGUUCAGGUUACCUCGAUUCUUAUCUCGCCGCCAUCAGAUACUACUACCAAGGCGAGAGGAGAGGCUUUAUCGGGCAAUGAAAAGCCAGCUUUUAUCUACUUUCUGACCGCGGUCAUUAUAUCCAUCAUAGCGCUCGUGGCUUUCAUUCCGCUGGUCCAACGGCACAACCGCAUCAUUGAGAAUCGUAUGAUGGAGCAAAUGGCCGCGUCAACAACGAGUAUCGAGUCAGCUGAGCGUUCGGCACGCAAAGUUGUUAGCAUGCUCACCCUCUUCAAGAAACUGCACUGGCUCGCGGGCGGGGUGUUUAUGUGCUUUGCUGUCGCCAUGUUCUUCCCUAUUUUCACACCCAAAAUACUAUCAGUCACACCACCGGAAGAAGCGAGCCUACUAUUAAAACCUGCCGCAUUUAUCCCACUCGGGUUUCUCUUUUGGAACCUCGGCGAUCUCGGAGGCAGAACCAGCGCACUCUUCUUGUCACUCCGUGAACGGCCUGUGCUACUGUUUGUAGCGAGCAUUGCACGGUUACUAUUCCUGCCGCUUUACACGCUGUGUAACCUCCACGGCAAAGGAGCGAUUAUCAACAGUGAUGUGUUCUAUCUAUUGGUGGUGCAGUUCCCGUAUGGUUUUACCACCGGGUGGUUGGGGUCCAACUGCAUGAUGGCAGCUAGUGACUGGGUUGAGGAAGGAGAAAGAGAGGCAUCUGGGGGGUUCAUGGGAUUAGCUAUAGUGGCUGGGUUGGCAUUUGGCAGUCUGCUGAGCUUCACUGCGGCCGGUAUAUGAUAUGAUGGCAUAGGACCGUAAGCUAGUAGCCCUGGAGGAUUGUGGCAACCUAGUUCCUUGAAAUUCAUGAUAGAGUGAUCAUUAGGCAUAUCGGGUAUGGCGUGGAUAGAUCUCACCUAAGUUGAAGGAUUGCAAUGGUUAUUUGCUCUUACUGAAUGCCUAGCUACCCGACUCGGUGGAUAUUAGAUCGCCGUGCAUAUGUAAGCCAACGAAUUAGCGUGCUGGGAUGAUAGUUCACGAUGUUCAUUCUACGACCAGUUAGGUAUCGGGUGCCGAACUAUUAAUUAAUCUUAAAUAAAAUUCGGUCACACGGAUGGCCGUUAUGUAU